AUGAAAGUGAUACAUUUCAAAGGAGCGGCGUUUCGCCACUUGGACGAUGGAAAGGUGGAAAUGAUGCCUCCUUAUUUCUACGACCGGAAGGCCAAGAACGUAGUAUUGGUUCUUAUGGUUGUCGACAUUAUCUUCACUUGUUUCUGCAUUCUUCCCGCCAACGAUCUCGUCGCUUGUGUCCUCUUUGCUACGCGCCACAAUCUAUCAAAAAAGACAGUAUUCUCGAAAUGGCAAAUCUGUCGGGAUCAUCCAGAAUUGAAUUUGUGCAAAUGGCAUAAUGGAGGAAUGGUAACUGUCCCGGUUCCAGCAACGACCACAGAAAGAACAGAGGAUUCGGCCGAAGCUCCGCCUCUUUCUGAAUCCAUCUUUGUUAAUGAACCAGAUAUGAUGCUCUCGUCAAAAUGGUCAAAUGCAGAAAUCCUCCAAGAAACUGUUCAAAAAGAGCUGAGAACAGAACCAAAUCGUUUCGAGGGACGACUUCAUCGAGAAUCAGAUUCUGCCGAAAUGAAAGAUGUGGAAGAUCAGAAGUUUGAUGAAACGAUCAUGUCUGCCAACGAAGAUGUUUUCUCUGCCUAA